UUUCCAAAUUUCUAAUUCAACAUCAUGAACUCAAAAGAACGCCCCAAUUCAUCGACGAAAAAUCCGCAGAAAAAACGUCUGGAGCAGCUGAAGCAUCGGAAGGAGCUCGCCGCGGCGGCCGCCGAGAAACAGCUAAAACAGGAGAAGCUAGCCAACAGCAAAAGUAAGAAGACGCAAUCACGGGAGCCCAUCGCCAAGAAGGACGAGGAUGAGACCAGCGUACACAUGUACAGCAUGGAAACUGUCGAUUAUGAGUAUUCGGUGGAAGAGGAUCACGAGGACGAUGAGUACAAGUCGACGAAAAAUGAAACGAUCAAAAAGUUCUUGAUCGAUCGGAAGCAGUUGGAGAAGGCGUUGCGAUUAGCCGCUGAAAACGAGAAAAAGCUGAAAUCGAUGCUCGACGAGUCGGGAAAAUGGUUCGAUCGUUACGAGAAAAUGAUCGAUGAUCUUGAUGAGCAACUGACCACGUAUAAUACCAAUCGCAAAAUCGUUCUGGAUAAUAUUAUCAACGGUAUACAACCGAUGUAUGAACGCUGGCAAGCGGCUCGAAAAGAGAUGGCCGCCGUGAAAUUCACGACGCAUCGUGUAAUUCCAUCGCCGACCAUUUUCGGCAAUCUGGCUCACUACGGAAUAUCGAUUUUACGCCAAAUACUGUUCUAUAUGGCAUAUUGUCGGGAUUUGGUGUCGGCCGGCGAUCAGCAGAGAAGUGGCUCACCGAAAUCGGAUUCGACACGUACUUUGAACUCGUUGAACCUCUCGGCCGAAAAUAAAUGAUUGAUUUAUUGA